AUGGCUGAGCAUGUGGACAGAAAGAGACAGAAAACAGAUGAUAGUGAUUUGACAGAUGUGUGUGGAUAUAUACAUAAUGUGUCACCGGUGAAGAUCAGCGAGAAAAACAACGCAUAUUUUACUUGUAAACUUCAAAGUGAAAGUGAUGUUAGUGAAGUUGUGUGUUUGACACCAGAGAAAUGGAAGUCGUUUCAGAGAGCGGAGAAGGAAGAUAGUGCGGUGUUUGUCAAAAAUGUUAGAUGUCAGCUUGAAAACCGAAGACAAAAGUUGUUCACAAAUUAUAAAACGAUCAUUAGCAACGUAACAGAACCAUUAGGGUUUGAAAAAAGGCAGCAACUGAAUGAAGAAAUACAAAUUCAAUCCAUAACAAUUGCAGAUGUUUUUGUGAAACCUUUAGAUCUUUGUGGCUUUUACUCUUUAUCAGGAAAAGUGAUAAGCAUUGGAAAGCCAAUAGAGAUCAUGAUUUUUGGUAGCAGGAAAAACUGCCAAAAUGUGGCAGUGACAGAUGGUACAUACAAAUUAAAUAUCUCAAUGUAUGGCAGUCUUAUUGAUGGUGUAGAAAAGGGUAAAAGUUACCAAUUUCACAAUGUUGCUUUGCGUAAAAUAAAUAAUAUCAACAAACUUACUGUUAGGAAACAAACCAUAAUAAAAGAAACAGAGUUUCAACUUUUAGGAGAUACAUACGAUGUUGGCAAGAAUGAUACUGACAGUGAACACAUUUCAAUUGAUGUUAAUGGUGUAAAAUGUGAAUUAAAGGUGAAAUGUCCAUGUUGUGGGCAUGAUGUCAACUAUGGGCAAGUGAAACAUGUUGCUACAGUAAGAUGUAGCAAAUGCGACAUGUUAGCCAAAACUUCAAAACUUGUUGCUGUCAUGACCACAAGAAUUGAUGGCAUUCAAGCAAAUGGAGUAAACCAAAAAUUAACAAUUCAUAAUUUUGCAAUGAAAGAAUUUGUUGUUAAGGUCAAUAAGGAACAUUUAUUGACUGAUCCUAAAGGUUUAGAGGAAUACAUCAUAAAACAAAAUGGCAAAAUGGGUGUAGUUUUGAAUGAGUCGAAUGUAAAGGAAAUCACAUUUGAUCCAGUAGUGGAUUAA